AUGGGUCGCAGUCAAUCAUUAAAGCGGGCGAUAGGUGCUGCAGUACGUGCGGUGGUAGUUGACACUGAUGGUACUACAGCGGGUGCUAUUGCAGGUAGUACUGCAGGGCCUACAACAGGUACUGGGGCUUCUGCUACAGGUUUUGCUGGUGCUGCUGUAGCUGCUGGUGUUGAUGUAGCUGCUGGUGCUGCUGUAGCUGCUGGUGCUGCUGGUGCUGAUGUAGCUGCUGGUGCUGCUGUACCGUCUGGUGCUGCUGUAGCGUCUGGUGCUGAUGUAGCUGCUGGUGCUGCUGUACCGUCUGGUGCUGCUGUAGCUGCUGGUGCUGCUGUAGCUGCUGGUGUUGCUGGUGCUUCUGUAGCUGCUGGUGCUGCUGUAGCUGCUGGUGCUGAUGUAGCUGAUGUAGCUGCUGGUUCUGCUGUAGCUGCUGGUGCUGCUGGUGCUGAUAAAGCUGCUGGUGCUGCUGUAGCGUCUGGUGCUACUGUAGCUGCUGGGGCUGCUGUAGCGUCUGGUGGUGCUGUAGCUGCUGGUGCUGAUGUAGCUGCUGGGGUUGCUGUAGCUGCUGGUGCUGCUGUAGCUGCUGGUGCUGAUGUAGCUGCUGGGGCUGAUGUAGCUGCUGGUGCUGCUGUAGCGUAUGGUGCUACUGUAGCUGCUGGGGUUGCUGUAGCUGCUGGUGCUGAUGUAGCUGCUGGUGCUGAUGUAGCUGCUGGGGCUGAUGUAGCUGCUGGGGUUGCUGUAGCUGCUGGUGCUGAUGUAGCUGCUGGUGCUGAUGUAGCUGCUGGUGCUGAUGUAGCUGCUGGUGCUGAUGUAGCUGCUGGUGCUGAUGUAGCUGCUGGGGUUGCUGUAGCUGCUGGUGCUGAUGUAGCUGCUGGUGCUGAUGUAGCUGCUGGGGUUGCUGUAGCUGCUGGGGCUGCUGUAGCGUCUGGUGCUGAUGUAGCUGCUGGUGCUUCUGUAGCUGCUGGUGCUGCUGUUGCUGCUGGGGCUGCUGUAGCGUCUGGUGCUGAUGUAGCUGCUGGUGCUGAUGUAGCUGCUGGUGCUGCUGUAACUGCUGGGGCUGCUGUAGCUGCUGGGGCUGCUGUAGCGUCUGGUGCUGAUGUAGCUGCUGGUGCUUCUGUAGCUGCUGGUGCUGCUGUAGCUGCUGGGGCUGCUGUAGCAUCUGGUGCUGCUGUAGCUGCUGGGGCUUCUGUAGCUGCUGGUGCUGCUGUAGCUGCUGGUGCUGCUGUAGCUGCUGGUACAAUGGCAGGUGGUAUUGCAGGUACUGUUGGUGGUACUGUUGGUGCUGCUGUACUUGAUGCUGCUUGCGUUGCAACUGAAAUAUAAAGACAGCAGAAUCCCUUGAGGCAUGUAUGAGUUUU